AUGGAUCAGUUGGCAGAAUUAAGAAAACAAAGACAUUUGGAAUAUUUACAAAAAAAAGAGAAAGAAGAUGCAGAAAGAUUAGAGCUUGAAAGAAUUCAAAUAGAAAAUGCUGAAGCUUUAAGAUUAUUAAAUCCAAAUAAUGAAAAUCUUGAAGAUGAAAUUACUGCAACCACCACCACCACUACCACCACUACCACAAUGACAAAUAAUGAUAUAGAAUUUAAUGAAGAAGAAGAAGAAGAAGAAAAUGAAGAAGAAGAGGUAGAAGAGGAAGAGGUAGAAGAAGAAGAAGAAGAAGAAAAUGAUAUAGAAGAAGAAGAACCAAAUUUUAAUGGUCCACCAUUACCUCAACCACCUGUUUAUCAACCAAUUUUCAAACCCCAUGCAACAAAUCAUCAUUAUGGUCAUUAUAAUAAUAAUAAUCAACCAUAUUUCCCACCAGUAUUUAAUCCAAAUCUAUUUGGUGGAGGUGGUCAUCAUGGUCCAAAUCAUAAUAUAUUCAAUCAUGGUGGAAUUCAUAAUAAUGCAGGACCAGGUUAUUUAUUAAACUCUGAUAAUAAUAAUAACAAUAAUAAUUAUAAUAAUCCAUUUACAUUAUCAAAUAAUAAUAAUAAUAAUAAUAGUCCACCACAAUCAACUGAACCAACAACAAAAGAAGAGAAAAGAUCAGCAUUUUUAAAUUCAAUUGAGAGUAGAUAUAAUAAAUCACCAGAAUUAGUAUCAGUGAAUAAUGAAAUUGAUAAACAAAAACGAAAAAUAAUUCAUAGAAUACCAAAAGAUUAUUCAGUAAAGAAAUUGGUUGAUCUAUGUUUAGCAAAGAUGUCAAUUGAUUUAACAUUAUUUCAAUCUCAAUUAAAGUUAAUGUCUGGUGAAUUAAUUCAAAGAUUAAUUGAAUUGAUGGUAUCAUCUAAUCGUUUAACUAGAAAGAAAAUGGACCAAAUCGUUGCAAGUGGUGCUCGUAUCUACUCAUUGGACCUUAGUCAUCAAUUUGCAGUUGUAAAUAAUGAUUUCCUUUUAAAUUGUUUCAAAUACAUGGCUGAAUUAUCAAAUGUUUAUUUUAGAAAUUGUGAAAAUCUAAAUGAUAUUGGUUUACAAAUUUUCCGUCAACCAAAUUUUGAAAAAAAUUUAAAAACUUUAGAUUUAAGAGAUAAUCGUAUUACUGAUGUUGGUAUUAGAAAUUUAAAAGGUUUAUUAAAUUUAGAAGAAUUAUAUUUAGGAUCAACAGGAUGUACAGAUAUAGGUUUAGCAUUAUUAUGUAAUUUAUUAAAAUUAAAAACAUUAGAUGUAUCAAAAUGUAAUAUCACAGAUUCUUCAAUGGAUAUUAUUUGUAGAUUUACAGAACUUAAAUUCUUAUAUCUAUCUGGUACUCAAGUAACUGAUAAAGGUAUAAAUACAAUUUCAAAGUUACCAAACUUAAUUCAACUUUAUGUUUCAAAUUGUUUAAGAAUUACAAAUCAAUCUUUAUUCUUUUUAGCAUAUUUAGGUAAAACAUUAAAAUUAUUAGACAUUUUUCAAACAAAGAUUGGAUUAAAUGGAUUUAUUCAAUUAAGAAUGUUUAAACAAUUACAAUUUUUAGUAUUACCAGGUAGAGAUUCGAUUAAUGAUGCAACAAUUGGUCAUUUAAAUUCAUUAAGUAAUUUAAGAAAAUUGGAUUUAUCAGAUUAUCGUAAUAUCUCUGAUUUAUCACCAUUGACAAAUUUACAAAGUUUAACAGAAUUGUUACUAUCAAAUACAAAGAUUUCUGAUAAUUCAAUUAUAAAUUCAAUAAAGACAAUGGAUUCAUUGGAAGUGUUAUCAUUAAAUAAAACUGAAGUUACAACUGAAGGUGUCUCUCAAUUAGUAAAUUUAAAUUUAACAUCACUUUCAUUAUCAUCAACUAAAAUAGAUGGAAAAUCAUUAUAUUAUUUAGGUCAAAUGAAAUCAUUACAAAAGUUGGAUAUCUCUUUUAAUGACAUCACAGAUAAUAGUAUGGAUUAUUUGAAACCAAUCGCCGAUACUUUGUCUCAUAUUGAUCUUAGAGGUACUGAUACUUUUCGUUCUCUCCAUAUGUUUAAUGAAAAAAUUGUAAGACCCCCUGUAAAAAAUAUCAUAAAAUCACCAAAUAAUAAUGAAGAAGAUGGUGAUAAUAAUGAUGAUGAUGAUGAUGAUGAAAAUGAACCACUUUGGUAA